GGGGAAAUAACUGACCUUUUCCCUUUCUCACGCUCUCGAGAAAUCCAUCCUUCAACAAAAGCCCGCUUCAUCGGUGCAGCUUACGUCCAUCACCCUUCUUCCCUCCCGACGUCCGUGCAGACUCACAGAUUGAAAACAUGACUGCCGCAGUUUCUGCCUCUGUUCCUGCACCAGCCGAGAAGACCAAGGUCGACGCGUUCGAAGUUGGGUGGCUCUUUGUUCAAGAGUAUUAUACCUUCCUCAACCGGGAUCCCCAACGUCUCCACUGCUUCUACAACAAAAAGUCAUCCUUCUUGCACGGUCACGAGGGUGAGGCCACCGCGAAGACCUGCCAUGGUCAGCAGGAAAUCCACAGCCGGAUUGUGGAGCUAGACUUCCAGGACUGCAAAGUCUUGGUGUCCAAUGUGGAUAGUCAGGCGUCGCUCAACGGCGGCAUUGUUGUUCAGGUCCUUGGAGAAAUGUCCAACAAAGGGGGUGCUUCCCACAAAUUUGCGCAGACGUUUUUCCUUGCUGAACAGCCCAACGGAUAUUACGUUUUGAACGACAUUUUCCGUUUCCUGAAGGAAGAUAUUGAUAAUGAAUACGAGGAAGCAGAGGACCCUACUGGCGGUCUGGAACUCCAGGAAACUUACGUCCCGGAGGACACCACACAGCCAUCAUACGUGGAACCUGUGUCGGCGGAACCGGAGGUUAGACCUGCGACUCCAAGAACGACGGUGGAGAAGGCACGCAGUCCCUCACCUUUGAAGGAGGAAGUGGUCGCCGUUCCCGACGUGAAACCCGCCCACGCUGACGAAAGCCGUGUUACGGACAACGUUGCGUCAGACGCCUACGGAUUGGCUACCUGGGAACCAACUCCCGCCGCAGAACCUGUCGCCGAGUCAAAGGCCGCCUGGGGGACCAUUCCCAAGAGUAAACCCGUGGCCGCAACACAGGAAAUCACCGAAAACAAAAAGGCCAGCGCACAAUCGACGUCCGCUCAGAAUGCAAACACCACCGCCACCGGUAAGCAAGCUGCACCUACCACUCCCAGCAAGCCCAAAACAUGGGCAAGCCUUGCGGCAAAUAAUGCUGCUAGUUGGGGACCGGACGUGUCCCCAGCUAAAGGACACAUUAGCGCCGGUCAGAACAGAGCACCACCUGCCGCACAGCAACGACCCGCGUCUCCUCAAAAACCCGUUUCAAAACCCGCCGAAAAGUCAUCAGAUGCAGAACCCGCGUCCGAAACAACCCCAGCAAGCGAGCACAAGGAUGGAGGUUUCCGUGAGGUUCAAAACCGACAGCAUAAGAGGGCGUCCCAGCCUCCUCAGCAGCAACAGCAACAGCACCAAGAAGACGAUCGAGAAAAGUUCUCUAUUUACAUUCGUGGCAUUUCGGAGGCCAUUGAUAGAAAGUCAUUGACGGAGACUUUCAGUAAGGUCGGUACCGUGCGCAACGUAGACCUGAUUCCUUCCAAGAAUAUUGCUUUUGUCGAAUUUACCACCGUUGAAGCGGCCCAGAAGGCUAUUGGCAACAGCUUUACAGUUAAUGGACAGACCGUGACGGCAGAGGAGCGUAGGAAGCCUCGUCCUUACUCCCGCAAUGGACCUCCGGGUCAGUACCCACAACGCCGUGAUUACCACGACGGAGGGGCUCGUGGCAGAGGCGAGGGCGGUUUCCACAACCGCGGUGCGCAAGGUAACCGUGGUCGGGGAGGAUUUGGUGGUUCGCAGAAAUCAGUUGCUGCGGGCAAACCCAUGAACGGGAAACACUGAUACCUGGACUAGCGACAGCACCAGUGAAUUUACUGGGAUUGUCGGAGGAUGAUUGAUCAACAUGAGUGUAAUAUAUUAUAAGAUUUUCAAGAUGCCACUUGUUGGCUAAACUGUUGGCUGAA